AUGGAUAAAAUGUCAUAUUUAAAGAAGUACAUGGAUUUAGGAUAAUCGAAAACAAAAGUUACUUAUAAAAAUAAUAUUAAAGAUUAAGAAAAUAUUGAUAUAUUGAUGGGUAGAGUAAUAAGCAAAGAAAAUUAUGAUGAAUUAGAAUAAUAGCCAGUUUUUGUUGAAACAGCAGAAUCGAUACAUAUAGAUAAAUAAAAGAAAUAAGUGUUUCUAAAAUAGAUGUUAAAUAAAGAAAGAAGUAGAAGCAAUAGUUAAGAAUCAAGUUCAUCAGAUUCAGAAUCAGAUUCUGAUGAUACUUCUAGUUAAUCUGAUUCUGAUUUAUCUGUUGAGAGAGCACCUAAACCAUAAGAAGUGAUUCAUAGAGAUGUUAAGACUGGACAAAGGAUUACUCAAAGUUAAAGAGUUGAAUAAGAAAAAUAAUAAAAUCCUAAAUUAAAAGCUAAAGAAGAUAAAUAGACAAUUCUUUAAGCAAAUAAAUAAUAAAUAGAAAUGUGGUCAAAAGGACUGGUUUAAAUUUAAGAUAAAUAGAAAAAAUAAGAAGAUGCUCAAUAAGCUUUAGCUAUUAAAAAUGAAGAUUAAAUUAAAUAAAUUGAUAUGCAAUUGGAUAAUAAAAAUUUGAUGAUCCAAUGAG